GGCGGAGCUUCCGGCGGGGAGGCCGGAAGCAGCGGCCGAUGCGGGAGCGCGGCCAUGGGCACCCGCAGGCUGAAGGCGGCUGUGGUGGAGCUGGAGCCGGAGCCGGAGCCGGAGCCGGGACCGGGACAGGGACCAGGAGAGACCCGCGAAGGCAGCACGGAGGGAGGGCCUGCCGAGGGCCAGCCUGUGGUGAUCCUCCUGGGCUGGGCCGGUUGCCAGGACAGAUACCUGGCCAAAUACAGUGCAAUCUACAGCCAGAAGGGGUGCACCGUCAUCCGUUACACGGCUCCAUGGAGGAUGAUAUUCUUCGCUGAGAGCUUUGGCAUCCGAUCCCUGCAGACCCCAGCCAGGCAACUCCUGGAGCUGCUCUUUGACCACAGCAUUGAAAACAGACCGAUUCUUUUCCAUGUUUUCAGCAAUGGUGGUGUCAUGCUGUACCGUUACAUCGUCGAGGCUCUCCACACCCACAGGCCGUUUAAGAGCCUCAGAAUAGCCGGCACCAUUUUCGAUAGCGCCCCUGGCAGAAGAAACUUGAGAGGAGGCCUUCGUGCCCUGGCCACUAUCUUGGACUCCAUGAACGUGCUGCUCAAGUAUUUCCUGCUGUUCACUUUUGCCAGCGCGGCCGUGGUGCUGCGGAUCCUGCUGUACCCCCUGACCCGCUGCCUCCACGAGACCCAUUACGAUGCCCUGCUGAGCGCGCCCUCGCGCUGGCCCGAGCUCUACCUCUAUUCCCAGGCCGACCUCAUCAUCAGGGCCGGCGAGAUUCAGCACAUGGCUGAUGCCCGGCAGCAGCUCGGUGUCCCUGUGAAAGCUGUGGACUUCAAGGAUUCAGCUCAUGUCAGCCACAUGCGGGUGUACCCUGCCUAUUACCGCAGCCUCUGCACCACUUUCCUGUCUGACUGUGUCAGGGGCUCACCUCCUUAGUGCUGUAAUGACCUUCAGUGUUUGCCUCUGCUUUGCUCAGCUCCUGUGGGAAAUGUCAUCCUCUUUGCUUUUGUGUCUUUGAAGGGAGGAAAGUAGAGACUUCUUGUUUGGGUUUUUUUUUUUUUUUUCCUUUCCCUACUGCCUACAAGUUGGAAAGCCUCCAGCCCGGCCUUUGGACCAGCCACGUUAGAACAGAAACUAGAUACAGAUUAAUUUAAAGUACUGAAGGUGAAAUCCUGUCAUGGUCUAUGUUGAUGUGCUUUACCAAGGUGUCACAGACCAGAAUCUCACACUGAGUGUUAUUUGUUUCUUCCUGCCUCUUCUUGUUCUCUGCUUUCCGUGUUGUCUCCUUGUCCCUGAUGUCCAUUGUGCAUGUUCUGUUGCUUGCACUAAUUCUACAAUACAGCUCUUCCAUGUCUUUGYUGUUUGUUUUUUUUCUCUCUGCCAUUUUCUUUUAUCUUGAGUGAGCRAACAGAGCCAAAUCUGCAGGACUUUUUGCUUUUCUCACUGCUUCCCAGCUCUUGUUGUACUCUCCUUGCUGGAGAUCAGGUGCUGAAACCAUGUAUAAGGCCUGGAAAAGGUGCAUAUAGGGCAGUAUGACCAGACAGUCAUCGGGUUCCAUUCAAUAGAUGAGACAGAAUAGUCAAAGCUCUCUGAUCCUUGGUGGGGGCUCAAAUGUAUGUGUUAACUUUUGUGUUCUUCAACCCAAAGUUUAAGCUAACAUUUUUGAAUGUGUCUAGUGUUUUGUUUCCCUUCCUUCCAGUCUUUUGUGAGUGCCACUGAAUAGUUCGGCUCUCUUGGAGAGCUACUUAUUUAUUGUAUGUCUUUAAGCAGCCUAUAUUUUGCACCUGAAUAUUCAGGGAAACCUUUUGGGUUACAGCUGUGCCAGACCCCAGAAAGAGAAAGAUGGAAUUGCAGAAGAAAAUGGAACUUUUGGGUUACAGCUAUGCCAGACCUCAGAAGCAGAAWGAUGGAAUUGCAGAAGAAAAUGGAACUUWCUCUUGGAGCUAUGCUUUAUACUGGGUAUUUCUUAAAUAACCUCCAGCCUACAAAUGAYCAUAAAAUACCAUGUUUUUGUCCAUAAUAUGGACAAAAGAUGAUCAGUCAUUGAAGUCCAUGUAACAUGUCCAUGAAAUUAAUUCCUUCCACCUAGUGAAAAGUAGCUGAUUGCACUGCACUCGAUCCAUGUUUGRGUUUAGGUUUUGUUGUUUAUUUGGGGGAGAAGUGGGGAUAAAGACAGUUGAGAGCCUGCUGAUAUAUUUAUGCUAUGUCACAGCAUUGCAAGCUAAUUAAGAACAUGGUGAACAGAUUUAGSCAACUUUAAGUUGCCAGAAAGAAGCUCUGGAGGGCUGUGACGUGGGCCUGUUUGAACAAGGAGUUGCCCUAGAGAUGUAAGCACUUAAAAAGGAUGAGCAUUUUUGCGAAAGGUUCUUCUUGUGGGUGGCUGUGCUGGUCUUGCCCMCCCUUGGGGUGCUGUCAUCCACAAUUACAAAACACUUUCUGUUCUGGAUUGAAAUGCUGAGGGGGUGGUCCUUGGGAGGCACUAAAAUAAUAUGGAAAUUUAAAACAAGAGCUGUAACACUGCACAGAAGUGAAAGCGUAAGGGUGAGUGGCAGUGGUGACCACUCAGCUAUUUAUAGCAGACUAUUGUGACAACUYUGAUUUACAGCAGAAUAACCAGCAGAUGGGCGUGGUUUUAGAGGGUGGGCUGGGGUGUAUAUGGGAUAGGUGAGAAUUAACUGAAAAGGGGCUGAUGACCUGGUUUGUCUUUGAUUUUUUCUGAGUGAAAACUGUCUCUAGGCAUAGGAACCUUUGUUUUUGUUCAGGAUCCAGUCUUCUGUGGGUGUGAUCCUAGUCCCAUCUUCCACUCAGACUGUGGGGUGUAAGGGCUACUCUGUGGUAAGAGCCUUCAGCCUUCCCUUUUUCAUGGAGAAAUUCUUGUUUCUAAGGUUUGGACCUCAGGCAGAGUCCCCUAUCUCCAGAUAGCCCAUCAGAGAUCUCCCUUUCUAAAGCAGKCCUCUGAUUUGUGCUGUCAGUGCUGUAACUUUUGAGCUCUGAUGUGUUCAUCUGCCUUCUCAGAGAGCUGGGCUGGGGCUUCUCAGCAUCCAGCCUGUUUGUGGCACUGUGAACACUCUUAGGGAGCAGAGGUGAUAAAGGCYAUUUAACCAGCCCUUGCCCUCAUGCUGUUUUCUACAGGUUCAGUAUUUACAGAUCAGUUAAACACUUCAUAAUACACACCUCUGAAUUAAURCAGUUGUUCCUGGGAAUCUGCUGUUCCUGUUUAUUGCUGUGGGUGUUGAGUUUCUCCUGUUUAAGGACUCGRGCUGUUGCAGAACAUGGCUGGCAGGAGCUGGAGCUAAACGCUCUGACCUGGUGUGACAGGAUGGUGAAAGUUCCUCUGGGAAGAGCCUCACAUGGCAGCUGCACCUUCCAUCCCCAAUUUCACCUUYCCAUCAUGGGAUGGCCACUUCCCCAGCUCAGUCCAGCUCAGCCCUACUUCCCCACUUGCCAGGGYAGCAGGCAGAGAGCGGGUGCUGCCYGCUGGAGCUCUACAGCUGGAGUUGUCCUGAGGUUUGCCAACAGGAACCUGCUCACAGGCAGGUCCACUGCUGCAAAAAUGACUUGAAAUUCAGGGGUAAUUUGUGURCACAUCUCUCUGAGAGCAGGAUGAUCUCGGGCAAUCCAGUGAUUUACAUCACCACUCUGCUGGGUGGGUUUUGUUUUCCGAGUCCCAGMAAGUUUUAAUUCCAAUUGUGAGUGCUGUGUGAUACGCUGCCCUCUGCUUUCCUGUACUGCRUGUGUGCCCCCACCCUCCUGCCCUCUGUAUUCCUGUGGCUUGUUAUUUGAAACWGAAGGUUAAUAACUUAGAGCCUGAAGGCACACGGCCGAGAACUGAUCCAAGCACUACUGGAUUUACAGAAACCCAGCCUCAGACCCUUAAUCCUUGCUAAACUGUCACGGUUUGGCGCAGCCGUGUUCCUAAAGAGCUUCAGACUGAACACUGAAAGCCCAAAGGUUGUGAUAUCUUGGCAAAUCCAGGUAAAUCUCUGAGAUGAGCUGUGGGGAGGAGGGGCAUUGCAGAUCUGUUCAUUGGGAGGAAAAAUGCAGCAUCCCUGGGCUUGCCUCGAGGGUAGGGAGUGGGAUGUGRCCCAGAGCUUGUUUUCCUGCAGUCCAGCCCUCAUGUGCAGACUGUGGAACAGUGUGGGUAGAACACCAGCAGUGGCUGGAGAGGAAGAUGCUCACAGCUGGCUGCCACCGUUGUGGCAAAGCAAAAUUCACUUUCUCUCAGCAACAAAAUCCAUUUGAAAGUAUUUCCUGUAAGGGAGCUGACUCCUGGCAUGCUCCACUGUGCUGCCUUCUGUCCCCAGGCGGUGAUGUUAGWGGAAGGCUUUUUGAAAAAGAAAAAACCCUUAGUGGUCAGGGUGGCCCAUGUGAUCCUGCUGACAGGGCUGGGAGGGUGUCUGUGAAUCCAGAGCUUCCUGCAGCACUGGGGGAGGCUGUGGUGGGGAACUGGACAGGCCAGGGRCAGGAUCCAGCCCAGCCAGGGGUCAGGUUUUGGAGCCGGGGUAGCAUCUUGCAGCAUAAGUAAUUCAAAACAGGUGGAGACAGACCCGUGCCCACACCUCAUAAAGGUGUUUUAAAGGUGUGGUGGGCUGAGGUCCCAUCUUUGUGUGUUUUGGGAUGCUGCAGGCAUGUGUGGAGCUCUGCCAGUGAUGGAAAAGUGGGAAUGGAACGGGAUGGAACCAAGCAAUCCAACCCCGUGUGCUGCAUCCCAAAAAGUGAAGGAGGGAGGAGUGAGCCUGGUCUCCACUGCCCGUGGAGGUGAUGGAGGAGGAGCUGGCUGUGCAGAGCCCUGCGGGAGCCCCGUGCCGGGCGGGAACAGCUCCACGAGAUGGCAGCAGGACCCCUCUUUCCCGCAUGGAGGGAUUUCUCGUCUAGGAGACAGCUGAGCAGAUCCUGGAGAAGACCCCAACAGCACRGCUCAGCCCAGCACUUCUGUGUGCUCGAGAGCAUCUCCUGCAGAAAGAGCCCCCUUGGGGCAAGGAAAAAGACCAGCAAGGACUAACUCCGAUGACAAGAAGCAGAGCUUGUGAGUUAAUACAGAACAGCAUCUCUCCCUAGGCUGCCUGCCUCUGGAAUUUAUACUAGAUCCCAUUCCUCAGCUUUAACUGAUUGUUAAAACCAAAAAUCUAACAGCAGGAAUAGMUUUACAGCCCUUCUCACACAAGCAGGCCAGGUUGCAGCACUUCCCUCCCCCUUUACCCAGGGAAGGCUAUCUGUUUUAAAGUGAAUCUCUGUAACAGUGUGAUCAAGCAGACCAUGGAGUUCUGGGAACUCCACAGAUCAGGACUCUGGAGCUCCCUUGGAUUCCACGUAGACCCCAAGCCUGGGAAAGGAGCUGAGCUUAGUGCUGUUCUGAAAAGGCUGGCAUGACCCCCCCAGCACUCAGGGCCAGGGGCUUAGGAGGCAAUUAGGAAAGAGRAUAGCACAAAUGGGGGCCACAUCCACCACCUGAUCCCUCUCUCAGUAGCCCCUUGUCCAGCACAACCAAACAGCUCCUGCACUAUGCCUGGGGCACGGGCAUUCCWCCAGCCUCUUCCCUUUGAACUUGACCCCUCCAUCUGCAUCUUCACAUGGCUGCAAGCYCACCCCAGCACCACCAGAGACAGGCUGCGUGGGCACGGCUGGGGUGGGUACGGCAUCCUUUGGUCACCCUCCCAAACCUAUGGGGGUUGGGGCAGGGAGAGCUUGUGCAGCCCCUGCCCCCCCGCCCCGAGUGAUGGAUGAGCUGACAAUAGGGUAUUGAUAAGGAAUUAACCUUGAGCCCUUCUUGCUUCAGUGUCAAUAGAGCAGGAGCCAAGUACACACGUUUGAUUGGAAAUCUGUGUUUGGCCUCUGCUGCCUCUGAGCCCAUCGAAGGAGAGAGAUGAGGGGGGGUGUGAACGGCCCUGCUGCUCCCUCCCCAGCUGGGACCYCCCCAAGAAGGUCCCUCUCAGCUUCCCCAGUCCCUGCUACCGGAAUUGACCAUGGACACGCAGCUUUGGAGGCUGCAGCAGCCUCGGAGCUCCCAACCUGGCAUGUGGAGGGCUGGGUACCAGGGCCUCCCUUGUUCCCCAAAGGGCCUGUGCCCAUACUGCACUGGCCUACACUCCGAGCAGUUUGUUUAAUUAAGUGUUUUGCCUAAUGGGAUUGCCUCAUUUCCAUAACAAACUGGCGGGCUGUCAUUAGGUGGGCUCCCUCAUUCAUUACUGUUAAUUAGAUAUGGAUCCCCCAGAAGGCRGCGCAGGGUGAUGAACGAGGCCCCUGACACACGCUAUUACACAUUAGCAUUUUCUCAAUAUAUCCGAUACAUCACGGUCCUCCGCUUCCUAAAGAUAUUUUAAAUAAAAUAUUAGCAGCCUGCUGUGGGGUAUGUGGAGAGGGAGGGAGGGCUCCUGCCCCUUACCCUGGCCUCAGGCCUCCUUUGGGCUGAAAGUGGAUGAGAGAGUGGCUGAGAUGCUCUGCUGCUCCUUGCCAGCCAAAAAGGUGGCCAAAUCCCCCCUUUCUAUCCCUGCUACAGCAGGUGGAAAGAGGAUCCCUACUGCCUCCUGCCACUAGCCUGGGGACCCCCAGCACCCAUCCCUGGCAAACACAGCCAUGGAGAGGGGUUUGAAAACACCCCAUUGACCCAUCUGCAAAAUGUUUGGAAACCGAAAGCGUCGGCGCCAGCUGCGUGCCGGGGGGAACCCAACCUCUGCCCCUCCACCCCCAGCAGCCUCCCAGUCCCUGUGUCGGGGUAACCCUACACUGCACUGGGGGCCCCUAAUGCAGGAUGUAUAGAUCUGUUUGGGCUGGGCGCCUCCUGCCCCCAACUAAUGCAGCCAAUGAGACUUCAUUAUGGGGGUGUCCCCUGAGGGGUGCCCUUUCCCCUGCCCUCCUGGCUCUAUGGGAGGGACCAUUUGGGGGAACCCAUCCGUGGUGGGGCCUGGCGAGUGUCCCAGCAUCCCUCUACAUCUGUCUCUGCAUCCCAAACAGGACCAGGACUGCCCUCUGGGACCUUACCACAUCCAGGGGCUGCAGCGUGUGGGGGUGUCUCCUCUGCUGCCUCUUGCCUGCAAAGGGAAACACAGAGAGGCAGAAGGCGCCCGAGAAGAUUUAUACUUGUUUAAUUAAUGUCAAAUGUAGUUUACAAACGGGAGUGACAAGUACCUCUUUGUAUAAUAUACACUGACACACAAUCAUCGACACACCGGAAUAUCGCUUUGUGCAACUGGGAUUCUUUGGGCAAAGAUAGGUAACUCUGAUAUUUCAGUUUUUUUUUUUCUUUUUUUAAAAUCAUUUAAAACUCAUUACAGAAAAGGGGAAGUGGCAGAUGCCUGUUACAAACUGGGAUGCCUCUCUACCCAGCCUUCCCCCUGCAGCCUCCCCCUUGAAAACAGGGGAUGGCUUUACAAUUAAAACAAAAAAAAUAAACCAAAAAUAAACCCCAAAACAAAGAACCAAUGACUAGUUACAUAUGGUUUUACACAUACGUACACAGAGCACACGGCUGGUCCACAACAUCUGCCAGAAAGGCCCUGGGAGGGAGCCAGGCUAUUUCCAAGGAAGGGCUGGGUUGGGGUGUCAUGCCCUCCCCUGUCCUUCCUGGCUGCCCCUCAAGCCCACCUGGCUGCACCUUCUCCAAAUCCAUCUCUGAGAUCUCAGCACCAGCCUACUCCCAGCUCAGCCAUGUGCCCCACAAGUUUUUCUCCCUUUACAAAUCUGGCCUGAGCUGUGUGUGCCUGCUCUUCCCCUGCUUUGUUCUGUUGGCCACAGUGACAGCCCCUGCUCAGUCUCCCUGUGAAGGCAGGACCCUCUGGGGUGCCUCAGCUUCCUCUGAUUCCUGGGAGCUCUGCUGGCACAUGUCCCUGAGCAGAGGAGGCUGCAGCUCUCUGGCCUCAAGAGGCUACACACCGCUAUGAGUUUGGAGACAA